CUGGGGGUUACCCAGCUGCCAUCCCUGCCGCUUCCUGGCCCCCACUCGCUGGCGCCCAAGUGGGAGGACUGCAGCUGCCCGCUCCCUCCUCCCCACACCCCCGCUACCUGCCCAGUCCCCGAAGCGAAUCGUGAGGAGACUGCGAGCCAGCCGGGCCGAGCCCACAACUUUGCAGCCUCGGGGAGGGCGAGAGCCCGCGUCCAGGGCUCCUCUUGUCGGCGACAAGAUCUCGGAAUGUAAUCGAGGAUGCUGGCCCUGAGGCUGCUUAACGUGGUGGCCCCCGCCUACUUCCUGUGCAUCUCCUUGGUGACCUUCGUGCUGCAGCUCUUCCUCUUCCUGCCCAGCAUGCGUGAGGACCCCGCGGCCGCCCCACUCUUCUCGCCUGCGUUGCUCCACGGGGCACUCUUCCUGUUCCUCUCAACCAACGCCCUGGGCAAUUAUGUCCUGGUCAUCCAGAACUCCCCCGACGACCUGGACGCCUGCCAGGGGACUUUGGCCAGGAAGGCUCCAUGUCCCCCAUCCAGCACCCACUUCUGCCGAGUGUGCGCCAGAGUCACCCUGAGGCACGACCAUCACUGUUUCUUCACCGGCAACUGUAUUGGCAGCAGGAACAUGCGCAACUUCGUCCUGUUCUGCCUCUACACCUCCCUUGCCUGCCUCUACUCCAUGGUGGCUGGCGUGGCCUACAUCUCUGCUGUCCUUUCCAUCUCCUUCGCCCACCCCCUGGCCUUCCUCACGCUCCUUCCCACCUCCAUCAGCCAGUUCUUCUCUGGAGCUGUCCUCGGUUCUGAAAUGUUCGUCAUCCUCAUGCUCUACCUCUGGUUUGCAAUCGGCCUGGCCUGCGCUGGCUUCUGCUGCCAUCAGCUGCUGUUGAUCCUCCGGGGGCAAACCCGCCACCAGGUGCGGAAGGGGGUGGCGGUGAGGGCCCGGCCUUGGCGCAAGAACUUACAAGAAGUGUUUGGGAAAAGGUGGCUGCUGGGCCUGCUGGUCCCCAUGUUCUAUGUUGGAGGCGAGAACUCCAAGCAUCAGGACAAGUAGCAGAAGUCCAUCAUUUCUGUGUGUGUGUGUGUGUGUCUUGACUCCUCCUGAACAUAAGCCCACUGCUCCCUUGUUUCCAUCCAUGAGCCACUCCAAUCUCGAGCGGGUAAGGUCCUAGCCUCCACCCCUGGUCUGUGACACAGAGAGAAUAGCUUUGGCAGGUGGAUCAUAAUAAGGAGGAAAAAUGGCCACCCAGGCAUUGCUACACUCCCCACGGGCUAGCCAGGUGGCUGCCGUUCGGAGGCCUCUGCUUUUGUUUCUUCUCCUUGGGGUCCCUACUUCCCCUCUGCUUGGCUUGUCCACUCUCCACCAUGUCUCAUGUCAUCACUGCCAUUGGUUAGAGCUCUUCUUCUAAGCCCCAUGUGGGAAUUUGGGAGGAGACUCGUGCUGCUGCUAUGAUAUUCCCUGGGACCUGGAGGCUGGCUAAAAGGUUUAAAAUUACCGAAUGUUUAAAAUCACCACGUCAACUGCUAAGGAGGGUGGGAAAGGAGGGGUGUGUGUCCUUGUUCCCUCUGUGGAAUUAGGGGCAAUGGGAGGGAAAAAGAACGCUGUAGCUUGCUGCUCACCCACCCCCUCCAAUUUGCAAGGCCCUUUCUUUGGGACACAGCAGCCAAUGGUCUGGGAUUUCCAGCUGCUGUCCCCUGUCCAUCGUGCCCCAGCUGGCCACCCCAGCCCAGUCCAGGAUCUGGCUGGAUGCUUCCUUUCCUUGGCAGUCUUCCAGCCUUUCCCCUUGUCUCCAGCCUCCAGGUCUUUGCUAGAUGCUGGGAAGGCAAGGAGAAGAGAAAAAGAAAGGAGAGAUACUGAUAAAUGAGAGAGGCAUGUGACUGCAUAACCACAUAAAAGGGGUCAUGUGUAUGUGUGUGUGCGUGUGUGUGUGUGUGUGUGUGUGUGUGAGAGAGAGAGAGAGAGAGAGAGAGAGAGAGAGAGAGAGAGAGAGGAAAGAUACUUAGGGGAGGGGAAGAGAGAGGGUCACAGAGAAAUUGGACGAUGGUAUAUUUGGGGGAGGAGAAUGAGAGAGGGAUAUGUGUUCAUCUCUGCCCCGUAUAAAGGACAUUCUGGCAGCUAAAACUGUUCAAUGUUUGAAUGUCUACUUGGGGAGUUAGUGAGUGCCCUCGAGGUAUUCCAGCAGGGACUAAGCAGUCAUCUAGCAGGCAUGCUGUGGAGAGAAUUUCUGCACAGGGUCAGGGAAGGGAAAAUUCCUUUCUGCCCCCAAUAGUCUAGUGUUCUCUCAUGAUUGCCACGUCCAGAGGCAAGAUCUGUAGAUGUGCUUGUGAGUUAUUUGCUUUCAUGGAGGGUGGGCCAGGCAUGAAAGGGUCUGAAAAUCAUGAGGCAAAACUUCAGGAGCCUACCCAACCAUCAAGGAGAGAGUCUCUAGAGAGACAGAACUAUGUGGGUGUUAAUGCUAGUUGAGGGGGUUGGCAUUUGAAGACAGGGAGAUAGAGCAGUAUCAGGGCAGGUGGGCACAGUGGUGGGGCGAGCACAGCUAGCAGGUCAUGCUCACUAUGAAGGGUGAGCUGGGCAGAGUUGAGACUGUGGAAUGAGGGAAACUAGAACAUAGGGGUGCGAUUGCCAGGCCAGCCCCGCUUAUCUGCCUGUCUCUGAAGAGGGGCACUGCUGUGUGUUCAGGGGACCAGACCCCUCGGGCAGAUGAGGGAGUGGGUACAAAACAAGUGCUCCCUCCUGACUGGGUCCCAAGGCCAGUCUGCCAUCCAUGCAUGCAACAGGGGCCAAGCCCACACCCUACCACUGUCCAGCUGGUGGCCACAGCGUCCUCAACUGUUGCCACACAACAUCCUGAGUUCUAGAGCAGAAUUUGGAAGGACUUUACCUUGGUGCAGCCUACACGCCCCCUAGAGGGCUAGUGUAGUAAUGGCUUCGCCGGCUCAUACUUCCUCUCAUAUUCCUUCAGUCAUGUAUGCUACAUAUAUUUAUUGGGUGCAAACUAUGUGCUCUUUCAGGCACUGGUAUACAGUGGUGAACAAGACAAUGAGAUUCCUGCCAUCAGGGACAUCUUGUCACUGCCCCCAUGAACCGACUUCCACCCCCAGAAAAAUGGUCACUGCCACCUUGGUGGUGGGCAGGGCAGGUUACUUAGAGGGGAGGGUUGUGGCAGAGAGGGCUGAAGGAGACCCCAGGGUGCCUGGAUGGAGGAGUCACGGGGGGCCAUCCUCACUCCCAUUCUGGCCACACUUAGGUAGGGGGAGUGGAAAAGGAGGGGAAAGGCACUGGGCGAUGCAGGCCUUGGCUAUCUCCUGACCCCCACGCUCAAGCCUGGAAACCAGUCUGGCCUCCUGGAGAUUCAGCACUGUGAGCCCGGCCACUGGGGGAGGGAGCCAACCGGAAACCUGCAGGGGGUCAGCUCCUGGCAGAUUGGGCCAUGAGGGGUAACCACGGGAAGGUUGCCACGUGUGGGACUCGAGGAGCAUUUGUACAAAUGACCCUGUAUUGUCAAUGAAGGCCAUCAAUAAAAUAUGUGGUUUUAAAUUGGAUUUGC